AUGCCCGCUCGUUCAAGUAUAUAUAUUGAAUUAUAUACUCCGGCGGCGGAGAAGCAGGAGGCUACCAGAAUGUCUCUACAUACUGGAGGACAUCGACAUGGGGAUGAUACAGGAUCGGUUUAUGGAUCAACUAUGAGCUCGAGUAGUGGUUCUUGUGUUAAAGAUGGAAUGGAGAAUCCGAUAGAGAGAGUUGGAGCGGGACAUUCUUCAACUCUGGAUCAGGCAAAAUCGGUAGAGAUCAAGGUUAGCGGGAGUGCGUAA